CCCCCGCCCCUGACUUCAGCCCGGCCUCUAGAACAUGGCGUUCCUCCUGCUGCUGCUGCUUAUUUUCUUCUACAUCUUCGCCGUGACUGGCGUCUACUUCUUCCAAGACUACUCCCGCUCGACGAUCGAGGACCUUGAGUACAACAUGUUCUUCUCGAGACAAAACCUGUCCCCUGAAUCAGUAAGAAGAAUGGUUCAGGGAAAGCCCUCUGAAGACUUACUAGAGCCGUCUAAAGGGUCUGGAGCCAGUGAUGCUGAGAACACUGAUGCCGAGGAAAAUGAUGCCGAGGACACCGAUGCCGCGAGAAGUGAUGCCGAGGACACCGAUGCCGCGAGAAGUGAUGCUGAGGACACCGAUGCCGCGAGAAGUGAUGCUGAGGACACCGAUGCCGCGAGAAGUGAUGCUGAGGACACCGAUGCCGCGAGAAGUGAUGCUGAGGACACCGAUGCCGCGAGAAGUGAUGCUGAGGACACUGGUGCUGAGGAAAGUGAUGCCAACGCUAAAAAAGGACAAAAAGCCUCGUCAAAAGCAAAAGUCUACCCCUCUUCCACCUCUUCAUCCUCCUACGGUUCCUCUGUAGUUGAUUUUGAUUUUAUUGAUAAUUUGGACUGGGAGACUCUUGUGCAUGAGAACCUGCCUGGGUUAAUGGACAUGGAACAGGACGACCGUGUUGUUUGGCCCAGAGAUUCACUUUUCCGGUAUUUUGAGUUACUGGAAAAGCUUCAGUACAACUUGGAGGAGCGCAAGAAGCUGCAAGAAUUUGCAGUGACUUUGGUCCCUCCUGGGCCUCAGUCGUCGGAUCCUACCCUCUCCCUUCUGAAGUCAUUCUUCUCCACUCUGGACCAAGCGCCUCAGCGUUCCCUCAGCCAGUCACGGUUCUCUGCAUUCCUGGCCAACAUUUCUUCAUCUUUUGAACUAGGGAGGAUGGGGGAGGGACCAGUGGGAGAGCCCCCACCUCUACAGCCCCCUGCGCUUCGACUCCAUGAUUUCCUGGUGACACUGAGAGGUAGCCCAGACUGGGAGCCAAUGCUAGGACUUCUGGGAGACGUGCUGGCACUCCUGGGCCAGGAACAGACUCCCCGGGACUUUUUGGCACACCAGGCAGGUGUACUGGGUGGACUUGUAGAGGUGCUGUUAGGAGCUUUAGUUCCUGGAGGCCCCCCUGCUCCCACAAGGCCCCCAUGCACCCGUGAUGGGCCCUCUGACUGUAUCCUGGCUGCUGACUGGCUGCCUUCUCUGAUGCUGUUAUUAGAAGGUACACGCUGGCAGGCCCUGGUGCAGCUGCAGCCUAGUGUGGACCUAACCAAUGCCACUGGCCUUGAUAGCAGAGAGCCAACGCCUCACUUUUUGCAGGGUCUGUUGGGCUUGCUUACCCCAACAGGAGAUCUGGGCUCUGAGGAGGCUCUUUGGGGUGGUCUGCUACGCACAGUGGGGGCCCCCCUCUAUGUUGCCUUCCAGGAGGGGCUCCUCCGUGUCACUCACUCUCUGCAAGAUGAGGUCUUUUCUAUUAUGGGACAGCCAGAGCCUGAUGCCAGCGGGCAAUGCCAGGGAGGGAACCUUCAGCAGCUGCUCUUAUGGGGCAUGCGGAACAACCUUUCCUGGGAUGCCCAAGCACUGGGCUUUCUAUCUGGAUCACCACCUCCACCCCCUGCUCUCCUGCACUGCCUGAGCACAGGUGUGCCUCUGCCCAGGGCUUCCCAGCCUGCAGCUCACAUCAGCCCUCGACAGCAACGAGCCAUCUCUGUGGAGGCCCUCUGCGAGAACCACUCAGGCCCAGAGCCACCCUACAGCAUUUCCAACUUCUCUAUCUACUUGCUCUGCCAGCACAUCAAACCUGCCACCCCGCCACCCCCUCCUGCCACCUCGCCGCCCCCUCCUGCCACCUCACCGCCCCCUCCUGCCACCUCGCCGCCCCCUCCUGCCACCUCGCCGCCCCCUCCUGCCACCUCGCCACCCCCUCCUGCCACCUCGCCGCCCCCUCCUAGCACAGAUGUCAUCUGCCAGACAGCUGUGUGGUAUGCAGUCUCAUGGGCACCCCGUGCCCAAGGUUGGCUCCAGGCCUGCCAUGACCAGUUUCCUGAUCAAUUUCUGGAUAUGAUCUGCGGCAACCUCUCAUUUUCUGCCCUGUCAGGCCCUAAUCGUCGCUUGGUAAAGCAACUCUGUGCUGGUCUGCUCCCACCCCCGACCAGCUGCCCAGAAGGUUUGGUCCCUGUGCCCCUUACCCCAGACAUAUUCUGGGGUUGCUUCCUGGAGAAUGAGACACUGUGGGCUGAACGGCUGUGUGUGGAGGAGAGUCUGCAGGCUGUGCCCCCACGAAACCAGGCUUGGGUUCAGCAUGUGUGUCAGGGCCCGACUUUGGAUCCCACUGACUUCCCACCUUGCCGCGUUGGACCCUGUGGAGAACGCUGUCCAGACGGGGGCAGCUUCCUGCUCAUGGUCUGUGCCAACGACACCAUGUAUGAGGCCUUGGUCCCCUUCUGGGCUUGGCUAGCAGGCCAGUGCCGAAUAAGCCGUGGAGGCAACGACACUUGCUUUCUAGAAGGCAUGCUGGGGCCUUUGCUGCCUUCCCUGCCGCCUCUGGGACCAUCGCCGCUCUGUCUGGCUCCUGGUCCCUUUCUGCUUGGCAUGUUAUCCCAGUUGCCACGCUGUCAGUCCUCUGUGCCAGCCCUUGCCCACUCCACACGCCUGCAUUAUCUCCUGCGCCUACUGACUUUCCUCUUGGGUCCAGGGGCUGGGGGUACUGAGACUCAGGGGAUGCUGGGGCAAGCUCUGCUGCUCUCUAGUCUCCCAGACAAUUGCUCCUUCUGGGAUGCCUUCCGCCCAGAGGGCCGCAGAAGUGUACUGAGGACGGUUGGGGAGUACCUGGCCCGAGAAGAGCCGACCCCACCAGGCUUAGAGUCCACUGUCAGUCUCAGCUCCGGGAUGAGCAAGAUGGAGCUUCUAUCCUGCUUCAGUCCUGUACUGUGGGAUCUACUCCAGAGCGAGAAGAGUGUUUGGGCCCUGAAGAUCCUAGUGCAGGCCUACCUUCACAUGCCUCCAGAAGAUCUUCAGCAGCUGGUGCUUUCAGCGGAGAUGGAGGCCGCACAGGGCUUCCUGACGCUCAUGCAUCGUUCCUGGGCUCAGCUGAAGGUUCCGCCCUCGGAGGAGCAGGCCGUGGGUCGCCUGACAGCCUUGCUGCUCCAGCGGUACCCACGCCUCACCUCCCAGCUCUUCAUUGACUUGUCUCCACUCAUCCCUUUCCUGGCUGUCCCUGACCUGAUGCGCUUCCCACCGUCCCUUCUGGCCAAUGACAGCGUCCUGGCUGCCAUCCGGGAUCACAGCUCAGGAAUGAAGCCUGAACAGAAGGAGGCUCUGGCUAAGCGCCUGCUGGCCCCUGAGCUGUUUGGAGAAGUGCCUGACUGGCCCCAGGAGCUGCUGUGGGCAGUGCUGCCUCUGCUUCCCCAUCUCCCCCUGGAGAACUUUCUACAGCUCAGCCCUCACCAGAUCCAGGCCCUGGAGGAUAUCUGGCCAGUGGCAGGUCUUGGGCCAGGGCAUGCCCGACAUGUGCUUCGGAGCCUAGUGAACCAGAGCGUGGAGGAUGGUGAGGAGCAAGUGCGUAGGCUUGGGUCCCUCGCAUGUUUCCUGAGCCCUGAGGAGUUACAGAGUCUGGUGCCCUUGAGUGAUCCAUUGGGGCCUGUAGAACAGGGCCUGCUGGAAUGUGCGGCCAAUGGGACCCUCCGCCCAGAAGGACGGGUGGCAUAUGAACUUCUGGGAUUGUUGCGUUCAUCUGGAGGAGCUGUCUUAAGCCCCCGAGAGCUGCGGGUCUGGGCACCUCUCUUUUCCCAGCUGGGCCUCCGCUUCCUGCGGGAGCUGUCAGAGUCCCAGCUCAGAGCUAUGCUUCCUGCCCUACAGGGAGCCAGUGUCACACCUGCCCAGGCUGUUCUGCUGUUUGGAAGGCUCCUCCCUAGGCACGAUCUAUCCCUGGAGGAACUCUGCUCCUUGCAUCCUCUGCUGCCAGGUCUCAGCCCCCAGACACUCCAGGCCAUCCCUAAGCGGAUUCUGCUUGGGGCUUGUUCCUGCCUGGGCCCUGAGCUGUCAAGGCUUUCAGCUUGCCAGACUGCUGCACUGCUGCAGACUUUUCGGGUAAAAGAUGGUGUUAAAAGUAUGGGUGCAACAGGUGCUGGCACAACUGUGUGCGUUCCUGGUCAGCAGCCCAUCCCCACCACUUGGCCAGACUGCCUGCUUCCCCUGCUCCCACUAAAGCUGUUACAACUGGACACUGCGGCUCUUCUGGCAAACCGGAGGCACUAUAGGCAGCUGCCUUGGUCUGAGCAGCAGGCACAGUUUCUCUGGAAGAAGAUGCAAGUGCCCACCAACCUGACCCUCAGGAAUCUGCAGGCUCUGGGCAACCUGGCAGGGGGCAUGUCCUGUGAGUUUCUGCAGCAGAUCAGCUCAGUGGUAGACUUCCUUGCUGUGGUACACAUGCUCUACCAACUGCCCACUGGUGUUCGAGGGAGCCUGCGGGCCUGUAUCUGGGCAGAGGUACAGCGGAGAAUGACAAUACCAGAGCCAGAGCUAACUACCCUGGGGCCAGAACUGAGUGAGCUUGACACACGGCUGCUCCUGGACUUACCGAUCCAGCUGAUGGACAGAUUGUCCGAUGAUUCCAUCAUGUUGGUGGUAGAGUUGGUCCAUGGUGCUCCAGAGCAGCUGCUUACACUGACUCCACUCCAUAAGACAGCCUUGGCAGAGCGGGCACUGAAAAACCUGGCUCCAAAGGAGACCCCAAUCUCUGAAGAUGUACUGAAUACACUGGGCCCCUUGGUUGGAUUCCUGGGAAUAGAGAGCACACGACGGAUCCCUUUACCAAUUCUCCUGUCCCAUCUCAGUCAGCUGCAGGGCUUCUGCCUAGGAGAGACCUUUGCCACAGAGCUGGGAAGGCUGAUGUUGCAGGAACCUAUUCUUGGGAAAGCAGAAUUGUGGAGCCAGGACGAAGUAGAGCAAGCUGGACGCCUCAUAUUCACUUUGCCUACUGAGGCAAUUUCCUUGAUCCCCAGGGAGGCUUUGGGCCCGGAGACCCUGGAGCGGCUUCUAGAAAAGCAGCAGAGCUGGGAGCAGAGCAGAGUGGGACAUCUGUGUGGAGGACCACAGCUUGCCCACAAGAAAGCAGUUCUAGUAGCUGCAAUUGUGCAAUCAGCUGCCGAGGGUCUCCCAGAGCCUGUACCAAACUGUGCAGACAUCCGGGGCACCUUCCCAGCAGCCUGGUCUGCCACACAGAUCGCAGAGAUGGAACUCUCAGACUUUGAGGAUUGUCUGUCACUGUUUGCUGGAGAUCCAGGACUUGGUCCUGAGGAACUACAGGCAGCCAUGGGCAAGGCCAAGCAGUUGUGGGGUGCUCCCCGGGGAUUCCGUCCUGAGCAGAUCUUGCAGCUGGGCCGGCUCCUGAGAGGUCUGGGAGAGCGGGAGCUGCAGGAGCUUACCCUGGUGGAUUGGGGUGUGCUCAGCAGCCUGGGGCAAAUAGAUGGCUGGAGCUCUGUCCAGCUCCGAGCUGUGGUCUCCAGUUUCCUGCGGCAGAGUGGUCGGCAUGUGAGCCACCUGGAUUUCAUUCAUCUGACGGCACUCGGCCACACACUCUGUGGACUGCGGCCAGAGGAGCUACGGCACAUCAGCAGUUGGGAGUUUAGCCAAGCAGCUCUCUUCCUGGGCAAACUGCAGCUCCCGUGCUCUGAGGAACAGCUGGAAGUUCUGGCCUACCUCCUUGUGCUGCCUGGUGGCUUCGGCCCAGUCAGUAACUGGGGGCCUGAGAUCUUCACUGAAAUUGGCACGCUGGCAGCUGGCAUCCCAGACCUGGCUCUUUCGGCACUACUGCGAGGACAGAUCCAGGGCCUGACUCCUCUAGCCAUUUCCAUCAUCCCUGCUCCCAAGUUUGCAGUGGUAUUCGACCCCAUCCAGUUAUCUAGUCUCACCAGUGUUCAGGCUGUGGCUGUUACACCGGAGCAAAUGGCCUACCUGAGUCCCGAGCAGCGACAGGCAGUUGCAUGGGCCCAGUACGAAGGGAAGGAGAUCCCAGAACAGCGGGGUCGAAGCUCAGCCUGGGGUCUCUAUGACUGGUUCCAGUCCUCCUGGGCUCUGGCAUUGACCCUCAGCUCUGUUGGCUACCUGUUAUGAUACUGUUCCUUCGGCUGAGGGAGAAAACUUACAUCAUACUGAACAAAUUGUAAAUGGAAGUGCGUUCUGAUCAUUCUCAGUAAGUGCAUGAGGAAUAUGGGUAAUGUAUUCCACCACCCACCUGAGAAUCAGUGCUCCUGGCAUAGUGUCUCUUGCCAUCAUGAAUAACCCCGCUGUUUCUUUUCAUUUCCUACUUCCUCCUCACCACACCAACAGAAAUAACACAGACA